AUGUCAAUUAUUCAACAGAUGGGAAUGAAACUUUAUUUCCUGCUGUCCAUUCCCGAGAUCAGAGAUUACGAAUACCCGCCGCUGAGUUCUCUAUUCCUUCUUGUCAUUCAAUAACUCCUCAUCAGUUUUUGAUUUGAACUUGCGCUCCGUUCGAUCAAGGCGUCGGCGGUGUUUCGCCAGCUUAGAUCGAUAAGCGUGGUCCGAAUAGCAUUGAACCUUGGUGAACAUGACUUCAGGCUUAUUAGGGCUCUUUUGAAGGUAAUGUGAGAUCAGCGUCUUCUUUUUUGACUUCCCUUUGACGGCUGCUUUCGAAUGAAGCCGUUGGGCAUUCUUGUAAUUAUUGGCUUUUUGCGUAAAUGA